AUGUUCUUGAACGAGCGUCUUGAUUUGCAGCGGUCCAUCCGCAGGCGUGCAGUGUGCGUGAAACUUCGGUACGGGACAUACGUGUGUGGCGUCGUUGUUCGCUUCAUCCCCACUGACCAGUCCGAGGAUCCGGAAAGGCAGUCGCCUUUUCCAGACUCGCGCUUUGCCAGCUUGUUGCCUUGCUGUGGCCGACGACUGAAAUGUCGGCUGAAGCUUCGCCAGCAGAAAGAGACAACAAGGCAUCAUAUAGUCUAUGUGUCUGCAAUGGAUCCAGGAUUUUUCCGGAUUCUGCAGUACGCCACGACAAAUUUACUACUGUGUACACAGUUGCAGGCACGCCGGGUCGAAUCUUCUGAUGGUGAUCCGACGUGA